AUGUACUUGCUAGCCGCUACCAUCUUCGCUGCGGCCCUCUUGAUAGGCCUAUAUUCUUGGUUCAGCUCGCAUGAGAGAAAGGAUGCCGGGGUUACUGGCCGUAACUCGGACUUCAAGGAGAAGGGGCAAACGUUUGUGCCAGGAUCGUCGCUCCCUAAUCCUGAUCCGUUGGUUAAGUUCGAUAUCGAGACGGCGACGGCUCGCAACUUCGUGUAUGCCAAUAAGACAGUACGAUACCCAUAUUACCAGACUAUGGCACACCAGCCCAUGCAUGUCAACCACUGGAUAGAGAUCGAUAAGGAAUACAAAUGGUACCUCGGUGAGAAAGCGCGAGUGAUUCGCGAACAAGGCAAAGUGGUCAUCGACUCCCUGCCCGACAAUGACGAGGCGUGCGGUGAGCUCCUACUGGAGUUGGUGGACUACCUUCCGAAGCGAUACCCCACGCUGUUUACGCAUGAGGGGCCUGACGGCAUCGUCAACCUCGUGACUGGAGAGCACCAUGUCUCUCUCGGUAACAGGAAGGGAGUUGACGCACUGCUCGUUGUUUCUCGUCUGGUUCAAGACGAUUUUCUGAUGGGCCGUGAGCGCGAAGAUGGUAAGAUAUACCUUGUGGGAGGACUCAUCGCAUUCCCUGGAUUCUACCUUCUAUCUGAGACGAUCAAUAAGCCUCUCGAAGUUCUGCAUCGACCCGUCCCUCACUUCAAUGAGAAGCUGCUUAUGAGCGUCGAGCGUACGCUCAAGCGCUUUCAACCGGACCAGCCAUUCGAGCGAUCAAGUUGGAUGAUCGCCGACGACCGUAACCUGUUUUGGCACAAUAUCGCCAGUGCACCCCCUGACCCUAACAUCCACCCUAAAGACUUAUGGUUACGGAUCGAUCACCAGACUUUCCGCAAGCUGCCGAGGACUAACGCAAUCAUCUUCGGAGUACACCCGAUCAUGCGAAGGAUUGAGGACCUAGCGGAUAGCCCUCUGGUGCCGACUCUACUGGAAAAGGUGCACUUAGAAACAGACGAUACGCUUCUGACGUAUAAGGGAACACACAAAUAUCACGACAUCCUGCUCCCCUACUUGCGCGAGCUCACUGAGAGUCAGGUAGAACGCGGUCUAAUCAGGUAA